AUGAUAAUGAAUAAAUCCCAAAAAUCUAAAACACCAAAAAGAAAAAUAACGUGGGACUUAGCAGCUCAAUUAGUUGAAUAUGCAACUGCUGCAGAUCUCAAAAUUAUUGAUGAACCAACUAACUUAAGAAUAUGUAACUUAUUAAAAGCUAAUAAGAAUAAAGCUAAAGAUUUAUUGAAUGUACUAAGAAAAAGAAUGCUCAAUAAAAGAGAUAAUGUUGUUUAUUUGUCACUUGUUUUACUCCAACAAACAAUUAUUGAAUGUCCAGAACUUAUUGACUUAUAUUCAACAAGUGCAUGGCAAGAUUGUUUUAUCACAACACUACUACGAACUAAUGUAUUAAUUGAAACAAAGAAGAAACUCUUAUCAAUUAUUCGUGGAAUGACAGAAUCAUUCCCAAAUGACUUAUUAUUCAAAGAUACUUAUGAACAAAUAAUUCAACACGGUAUUGAGUUUCCUGAGGCUGCUCAUUUUGACAAAGAAGUUACGUUUGUAACAAAAAUAUCUAAAUCAAAGUUUAUUGAUGAGUGUGAACAAUUGAUUGGUUAUUGUCAAUUCUUAAACCAGUCAUUUGAUUAUUUAACAAUUUUAGAAUUAGAACAAUUGAAAGAAGACAUGGAAAUAAAAGAAAUAAUAUUUAAGUUAGAAAAAGCUCAACCGAUUAUUAUUUCUUUAUUAAGAAAAAAAGAUUUGUCAAUGGAUGUGAUUCAAUUAGUAAAAACAACUCAUGAGCAAAUUAAAACAACAUUAGAACGUUACAAAAAGUUAACAGAAAAGUGGGUACAUUUAGCAUGUACAGACAAGAAGAUAGUAGAAAAUACACAAUUUAUGUUUGAAUCAAAGAAAUUAAGAUAA